GCAGAGCAGCCGAGCCAUUCCGAAAGCCCGCGCGGCGGCCGCAGCGGCGGCGGCGUCCCUGGUUCGUUCUCAGCCCUCGAGGCCCCCGCUUGACGCCGAGUGCGUGAGGAGGGCCGGCGCCAGUGCGCAGGCGCGGCAGCCCUGGCUGGGUCGCCUGCGGUGGGAGGGGGCGAGAAGCGGCGGCGGCGGCAGCGAGAGCGGCGGCGGGAGCGGAACAUGAAUGGAGCAAAAUGGCGGAUCAUGUGCAGAGUCUAGCCCAGCUAGAGAACCUGUGCAAGCAACUGUAUGAGACAACCGACACCACAACACGGCUCCAGGCGGAGAAAGCCUUGGUUGAGUUUACCAACAGUCCGGACUGCUUGAACAAGUGCCAGCUUCUCCUUGAAAGAGGGAGUUCGUCUUACUCCCAGUUAUUGGCAGCUACAUGCCUUACGAAACUGGUGUCACGCACAAACAACCCUUUGCCCUUGGAACAGCGAAUAGAUAUACGGAACUACGUGCUCAACUACCUUGCCACCAGACCCAAGCUGGCAACUUUCGUUACGCAGGCACUAAUUCAGCUCUACGCCAGGAUCACAAAGCUGGGCUGGUUUGACUGUCAGAAAGAUGAAUAUGUUUUCAGAAACGUCAUCACUGACGUCACAAGGUUUUUACAGGACAGUGUAGAACACUGCAUCAUAGGAGUGACAAUCCUGUCUCAGCUAACAAAUGAAAUUAAUCAAGCAGACACUACACACCCACUGACCAAGCACAGGAAAAUAGCCUCUUCAUUCCGAGAUUCAUCUUUGUUUGAUAUUUUCACUCUCUCGUGCAAUUUACUAAAACAGGCUUCAGGGAAAAACCUGAACCUGAACGAUGAAAGCCAGCAUGGCCUCCUCAUGCAGCUUCUCAAGCUCACACACAACUGCCUAAACUUCGACUUCAUUGGUACAUCCACAGAUGAGUCCUCAGAUGACCUUUGCACCGUGCAGAUCCCCACCAGCUGGAGAUCAGCCUUUCUAGAUUCCUCAACUUUACAGCUGUUUUUUGACCUGUACCAUUCCAUCCCUCCUACGUUUUCACCUCUGGUCUUAUCGUGUCUAGUGCAAAUCGCCUCUGUACGUAGGUCCCUAUUUAACAAUGCAGAAAGAGCGAAGUUCCUGUCUCAUCUCGUUGAUGGUGUCAAGCGAAUACUGGAAAACCCUCAGAGCUUGUCAGACCCAAACAACUACCAUGAGUUCUGUCGACUUCUGGCCCGCCUGAAAAGCAAUUACCAGCUCGGGGAGCUGGUGAAAGUGGAAAAUUACCCUGAGGUCAUCCGCCUCAUUGCCAACUUCACAGUGACCAGCUUGCAGCACUGGGAAUUUGCUCCGAACAGCGUUCACUAUCUCCUGAGCCUGUGGCAGCGCCUGGCAGCGUCGGUUCCUUACGUCAAAGCCACAGAGCCACACAUGCUGGAGACUUACACGCCUGAAGUCACCAAAGCUUACAUCACCUCCAGGCUGGAGUCUGUGCACAUCAUACUGAGAGACGGCUUGGAAGAUCCGCUGGACGACACGGGCCUGGUGCAGCAGCAGCUAGACCAGCUGUCCACUAUCGGGCGCUGUGAAUAUGAGAAGACGUGUGCUCUCCUUGUGCAGCUGUUUGACCAGUCAGCUCAGUCCUACCAGGAGCUGCUGCAGAGUGCGACGGCCAUCCCUGUGGAUGUGGCUGUGCAGGAAGGACGUCUGACGUGGCUCGUCUAUAUCAUUGGGGCUGUGAUUGGUGGCCGAGUGUCUUUUGCCAGCACAGAUGAGCAGGACGCAAUGGACGGCGAGCUGGUUUGUCGGGUUCUUCAGCUCAUGAACCUAACCGACUCGCGCCUGGCUCAGGCCGGCAAUGAGAAGCUGGAGCUUGCCAUGCUGAGCUUCUUUGAGCAGUUCCGGAAGAUCUACAUCGGAGACCAGGUGCAGAAGUCUUCCAAGCUAUAUCGGCGGCUCUCGGAGGUCCUCGGGCUGAAUGAUGAGACCAUGGUCCUGAGUGUCUUCAUAGGGAAAAUCAUCACCAACCUGAAGUACUGGGGGCGGUGUGAGCCGAUCACCUCCAAGACACUACAGCUUCUCAACGACCUCUCCAUUGGCUACAGCAGCGUUAGGAAACUGGUGAAACUCAGCGCUGUGCAGUUCAUGCUGAACAAUCACACGAGUGAGCACUUUUCGUUCUUGGGUAUUAACAAUCAGUCCAACCUGAGUGAUAUGAGAUGUCGGACAACUUUCUACACUGCACUUGGGCGCCUCCUCAUGGUGGACCUAGGGGAGGACGAGGAUCAGUAUGAGCAGUUUAUGCUGCCCCUCACAGCUGCCUUCGAGACGGUGGCGCAGAUGUUCAGCACCAACACCUUCAAUGAGCAGGAGGCAAAGAGGACGUUGGUUGGCCUGGUGAGAGAUUUAAGGGGGAUUGCCUUUGCCUUCAACGCCAAGACCAGCUUUAUGAUGCUCUUCGAGUGGAUCUACCCAUCCUACAUGCCAAUCCUGCAGCGGGCAGUUGAGCUCUGGUACCACGACCCAGCCUGCACCACACCUGUGCUCAAGUUGAUGGCCGAGCUGGUGCACAACAGAUCCCAGAGGCUGCAGUUUGAUGUCUCCUCACCCAAUGGCAUCCUGCUCUUCCGGGAGACGAGUAAAAUGAUAACUACCUAUGGAAAUCGCAUCCUAACCUUGGGGGAGGUUCCGAAGGAUCAAGUGUAUGCCUUGAAGCUCAAAGGGAUUUCCAUCUGCUUCUCUAUGUUAAAAGCUGCCCUGAGCGGCAGCUACGUCAAUUUCGGUGUCUUCCGUCUGUAUGGGGACGACGCACUUGAUAACGCCUUGCAAACCUUCAUCAAACUCCUGCUCUCCAUCCCCCACAGCGACCUUCUGGACUACCCUAAACUCAGCCAGUCCUAUUAUUCAUUACUGGAAGUACUCACCCAGGACCACAUGAAUUUUAUAGCUAGCCUGGAGCCGCACGUAAUCAUGUAUAUUCUUUCUUCCAUUUCGGAAGGUCUCACAGCACUAGACACCAUGGUUUGCACUGGCUGCUGCUCCUGCCUGGACCACAUUGUCACCUAUCUCUUCAAGCAGCUCUCCCGCAGCACCAAAAAGAGGGCUGCCCCCCUGACGCAGGAGAGCGACCGGUUCCUGCACAUCAUGCAGCAGCACCCAGAGAUGAUCCAGCAGAUGCUAUCAACAGUGUUGAAUAUCAUCAUCUUUGAGGACUGCAGGAAUCAGUGGUCCAUGUCUCGGCCUCUGCUUGGUUUGAUACUGCUCAAUGAAAAGUAUUUCUCAGACCUACGGAACAGUAUAGUGAACAGCCAGCCUCCAGAGAAGCAGCAAGCUAUGCACCUCUGCUUUGAAAAUCUCAUGGAAGGCAUAGAGCGUAAUUUGCUCACCAAGAAUCGCGAUAGGUUUACACAGAACCUGUCUGCAUUCCGGCGGGAGGUAAAUGACUCUAUGAAGAACUCCGCCUAUGGGGUAAACAGCAACGACAUGAUGAGCUGACAUCUCGCGAGGAACCUCUCUCUGGCCCGGGCCGGGGAGGUUAACUUUCCGAUGGAAAGACAAAAGGGCAUUUCUGAUCCCUGCUGGUCCCUGGGGCUAGGCUGCAGGAGGAAGGGGUGUUAUAAAAAAAAAGUUCACCAGGGCAGAGGGGGCUCGUUUCCUUGGGGGCGGAGCAAGGGGGAGACCAGCGUAUUUCCCUGGGUGAAUGUUGGAGAGGAACCCCAGCUCCUGCCGCAGCCUGCCUUGUAUAAACAUGUACAUUUUUUCAUAACAUUUUGAACAAGGUUUAUAUUGACUCAAGUUUAAAAAAAAAAAA